UCACAGCCCCAAGCGCUCAGCCUGAUCAUUCGAAAGAAGCCAUGCACCUGCAUCCGUCUCCUACACCGCAGCCAGCGUUUGCCAACGGCCCUCACGUCUACAGAGCAUGCGUCUGCCGCGAUGCGUCUGCUCCAGCGCCUGUCAAGCGGCACCUACGAGCUGACCUACUUCGACCAUGACGAUCCGCCCCCGUACGCCAUCCUUUCGCAUACCUGGAGGGAAGGUCAAGAAGUCUCAUAUCAGGAGCUCAUUGCUGGUGCAGGCAGGGACAAGAAGGGGUUCGAGAAAAUCUGUUUCUGUGGUGAACGAGCCGAGGCAGAUAGGCUGCAGUAUUUCUGGGUCGACACCUGCUGCAUCGACAAAACAAACAUCAGCGAGUUAGAUACGGCGAUUAACUACAUGUUUAGAUGGUACCAGCGCUCAUCUAAAUGUUAUGUAUACCUGUCGGAUGUUUCUGUAGGCGAUCACGAUCCCGCAGCCUUUCCAAUAACAUGGGCAGACGCCUUUCGCCGCAGCCGAUGGUUCACACGUGGAUGGACGUUACAAGAGCUUAUAGCACCGGGCAGUGUUGAAUUCUUUUCCAGGGAGGGUAAGCGUCUGGGUAGCAAGAUAACCCUAGAACAACAAAUACACGAUAUUACUAGGAUACCUAUCGACGCUUUGAGAGGGCAGAACCUCGCCGAGUUUAGCGUUAAGGAGCGUAUGAGCUGGGUGGCUUCGUGCAUGACAACUGUGAAGGAAGAUCGAGCGUACUGUUUACUUGGCAUUUUUGGGGUGUUCCUACCAGUGAUACGUGGAGAAGGAGAAGAGCAUGCAAUGAGGCGGCUUAGAAAGGAGAUUCGGGAACAGCAACAAGAAUUGAUGACUGAGCAGACAAGUAGCGGCAGUCACAACACGCAACGAUUCCAAACUCACCUAUCCCUUGCGAUUCCUUUCCGUCGCGACCCUGACUUUGUUGAUCGCGGUACGCUGCUCGACAAGCUGAAAGAACAAUGCUCUGCGCCAGCGUCCCGGUUGGCGCUGGUUGGUGUAGGAGGUGUGGGCAAGUCGCAGCUUGCCAUAGAGCACUGCUACCGCACGCAUGAGACAUCGCCAGGGAUGUGGGUAUUAUGGGCGCAUGCUAGCAGCACCGCCCGGCUCGAGCAGAGCUUCCACGACAUCGCCGACCGUGUCAAGAUCGAAGGGCGACGAGAUCCACAGGUUAACAUUUUCAAACUGGUGCACGACUGGAUGUGCGACACUAACGAGCGGUGGCUACUCGUGUUAGAUAAUGUUGACGAUGCCAGUUUUCUGUUGGACGCCCAAGCUACUACUUCGAAGAUAACAGCCAAGCCAUUGUAUGAAUACCUUCCCUACUGCACACACGGAUGUGUUAUUAUUACAACGCGGAAUAAAGAAGCCGCUCUGCAGCUAGUAGAACAGCGCGAUAUUAUCGCGCUCAAUCCGAUGAGUGCACUGCAGGCGCAGACUCUACUCACAAAGAAGCUUGGAGUGCAAGCAGCUAGCAGUAACGCCGCUGAGCUCACCGAGCUCGCUAUAGUACUUGAGCACAUGCCGCUUGCCUUAGUUCAAGCUGCUGCAUAUAUUUCGCAGAGAGCGCCACUGUGCUCUGUAGCGCAGUACCUUGAUCAAUUUAGGAAGAGCGAGCGCAAGCGGACAAGCCUUCUCAGGUACGACAAAGAUCAUAUGCGACGCGAUCGGGAGGCGAAGAACUCGAUCAUCACGACGUGGCAGAUCUCGUUCGAGUACAUACAGCAGACACGGCCGUCGGCAGCAGACCUGCUAGCGUUGAUGAGCUUCUUCGACCGCCAGGGGAUUCCCAAAAAUGUGCUACAGGCGCAAGCCAAGCACAAAGAGAACAAACACAAUCGCAAAGACUUCGAUGACGAUGACGUUGAUACCGAUUUUGAGGACAACGUCUCCGAAGACGAUGAAUUUUUUGAAGACGUUGCAGCCCUGCGCAACUUCUACUUCAUCUCUAUUAGCACUAACGGCACAACCUUUGAGAUGCACGCGCUAGUGCAGCUAUCAAUGCGUACGUGGCUUGCGGCGAACGGAAGAUUGGAACGCUACAAAGACCAGUUUAUUAACAACCUUUGCGAGGCGUUCCCUACGGGAGAGUAUGAGAAUUGGAUAGCGUGUCAGGCGCUAUUCGCGCACGCUAAGGCGGCGACUGGUCAUAAGCCAGAAGGGGCAUCUUCACUGCUGCAGUGGGCUACGUUGUUGUAUCGCGCAGCAUGGUAUGCGGAGCGCAAAGGAAGCGCAGGUGAAGCAGAGGUGCUAGCAACACAGUCAUUAAAGGCACGAAAGAAGGUCUUGGGGCGAGAUCACGAAGACACGAUAUGGGGUAGAGCGAUGGUGGCGAGCGCCUACAAAAUUGGAGGGAAGUGGGACGCUGCAGAAGAGUUAGAAGUGCAGGUGAUGGAGACUCGCAAGAUGAAGCUCGGAGCAACGAAGCUCGGAGCAGACCAUCCUUCCACGCUGACCAGCAUGAACAACCUAGCUUUUACAUGGAAAUCACUCGGCCGGACUGUAAAAGCUAUAUAUCUGAUGCAGCAGUGUGUACAACGGCGUGAACAAGUGCUAGGAGCUAGUCACCCGCAUUACUUGUCUUCCCUGCUAGUCCUAGAGCAAUGGGAAGGAGAGCAGGCAGACAUGGAGUUAUUUAACAGAUUCAAAGACAUGCGCUUGUAAGUAUCUACGAAUAUAUAUCAUGUAAGC